CACGUGCAUGCCUGCAGCUGAAUUCGUCAGCAGAAGCGCGCCGAGCCGAGCACAGUUACGCGCGCACAACAGCGACGCUCGCGAGGAUGAGAGAGUUCAGUUCAUCUCAACACAACAACAUCACAUCUGCAGAGAAGAAGGGAAUGGAGUUAUCUCUAAUGGCAGCACAGCAUUUUCCAGCCGUCAGCGGGGCCUUAAUGGAUACUCCACACAAUGGCAACGCGUCCCUUCAGACUUCCACCUCUAACCUCAACGCCAAACCAGUCGAUCCGGCAAACGAGCCCAAGUACUCCACCGACGCCAUCUGGCUGUGGGUGGCUGUCAUUGCAACCGUUUCCAACAUUGUGGUGGUAGCAGUGGUGUGUGCCUGUGCCUUUUAGACCCAGUAGUGUUCAAGAACACAGCCUGAACUCCUGAUCCGUCACCCGUUUGCACCUUAGCACAGUAUUUAGUAUGCAAGCAACAACCUUCUGUCUCCUUUCUCCAAAGAUGCAUUUAAGCGAACUUAAAGGCAGCUGAAUGAUCUUUUAUUUUAAAUUAAUGACACGGCACUUAUUCUAUCUUCAAUAGAUUUGUUU